AUCAUCAUCUUAUGUUGAUUGUUGAAAGGCUGCAUGUCAUGAUACUAACAUAAUGGAAUUAAGUAAAGAACAACAAGAAGCGCUUAUUAAUAGGGCACAAGAAUCGUUAAACCUCUUUGGAUUUGAAAUACACCCAUUUAAGAUUGGUUGGUACAAUGAGCACGUAAAGGAUGUGUUUAGGCUCCCCUACCCUCCAGAUACACUGGGACUUCUGGUCAUCAGUACACCAGAAAUGUUUGAGAAGGCCUUUAUACCAUUUGUCAGACAGCAGGGGGAGUGUGGUGGAAUACGAGAUCCUAUAGAUCAGUGUGUAAUGCAUUACUUCAACAAAGUCAAACAGGUUUUUACUGAUUAUGACAUUGAGUCACUCUACGACUUUGAGAUGCACCACAACAGAAGACCAAAAAUUUUAGUGCAGACAGUAGGAUAUGUCUCAGGAGCAGCUUAUUACUAUCAAAAGUCAGACGUCACAAAUCCACCCUGGCCACCAGAGAAGAAAAUAUGUGGAGUGUGCUAUCAUCCAACCUAUGGAGGAUGGUUUGGUUUACGAGGCGUACUAAUUUUCAAAGACAUUCAGUGUCCUAGUCUGGAACAGACUUUACCCCAAGAUGUUGUCCCAAGUCAAGAGAUGAGAGUGAAUCUCCUGAAUAGAUUCAAUUUUCACUGGCAGGACUGGACAUUUAGGGACCUUAUUCCUGUCAAACAGAGGUACUCCCAGGAACAGAUUCUUUAUUUCUCCACUAAACCAAAGGAUCGGACAAAACUGAUUGAGAAAAUCAAGGCAUCCGAGACAUUGUUACCGGAUAAUCCAGGGGAUGUGCAAUAUCAGGAUAAAGGACAUUCAGAGGAAACUGUAGAAACUGAUGACACAAAUCUAUUGAAUGGUAGUUAACAAAUGAUGAUAGAACAUAAAAGGAAGUGCUUCAUGUAGGAAUAUUUGGUUUUACAUUUCCUGUCAUAUAAGUUUUAAUACGUAAUAUGGGUCUGUUUGAUUGCAUGGCAGUGCCAAGCAAUAGUUGACUAUAACCUUUAGUUAUGCUUAUUUUUAAUUGAUAAAUUUUAAAUACUGGAAUACAUGUAUCCUAUACCUAUUAAAUCUGAAAAUGCCA